AUGCUUGAAGUCUGCGAGCUGGUGGAUUUCCUCGGCAAUGAGAUUACUCCCAUGGCGGAGAUCGAGAAGGAGCGAGCGAUGUGGAAGGACGGUGUCGAUGUGGAAAAGGUCAUAGCUGACCUCAAUGAUUCUCACGCGCAACUGGGUGUAACGCAAGGUUGUGGGGGUGCUGGAUGGUUGAACUCGCCAAUUGGAAACGAGCUACUUGACGGAUUUGACAAGACGCAGACAAUUUUAAGAAGUGACGGUCUGAAGCAACAGCUGGGCGGCCAUAAGGGUAUCGAUACCAGCCAUUGGAGGGAAACCUGGGAAUACGAGCUCAUGGACGGACAUGAGUGGACUGUUACCGUCGGCAUGGAUUUAGGCGUCUUUUUAGACCCGGGGAAAAUGAUACCUAAGAUUAUGAAGGCUAUGGUAGAUCCGAGACAUCCCGAUUUCUUCAAGUGGAUGAUUGCGCAAUGGCGUAGUCUAGUAUGGGUCCUUCUUUUGAACUCUCGUCCAGGGUGA